AAAUACAAGUUUCUUUAAAAAAAAAACUGUGUUUUAUUUGUUAUGUACAUAAUGUACAUACAUAUGUGUAUGUUAUUAGGAAAUGGUAUAAUGUGAGGCAAAUAAGGCGAAUUUGGUUUGAAGGUUAGUGGUUGUUAGAAUCGGCCGCUUAAUUUUAUUUUUAAACAAGCUAAAUAAAAAGUGAUGUCUAGAAUAGAAGUUAGAUUAAAAACACCAAAUCCUCUUUUCACAAAGUGGUUAAGUGAGUGGUUAGAAGAAGCUAAAAUUAAAAAAAUGCGAUCUGCCACUACAUUAAAAGUAGCUUUGGAUUCCUUAAAAAGAUUUCCAUUGCCUUUGAUGAGCGGACGUGAAUGUGGAAUAUUACGUGGAUUUGGGGCAACAUUAUGUGGUUUAUUGGAUCAAAAAUUAGCGGAAUACAAAGUAAACAAUUUGGAAGAUUUCAAUAGGAGUUUAAAUUAUAAAAAUGAUAUUGUAGAGGUUGCUAAUAAAAUUCAGGAAAAUCUUCGGAAAAACAAGUUGUCAAAAACAAAAUCUUCCAAAUUAAAAAUUAAAACCAAAUCUAAAAUUGAGUUUGUAGUUGACGAAACCGAAACUCAAAUUAAAAUGGGUCCUGGCCAUUUUAGAAUAAUUUUAAUCGUAGAUACCCAAGAAACUACUGGAAAAUUUAAAGCAAUAUUAGAUGAAACCCGACUAUAUUUUGAAAAACAAAAAAUUUCCCAUGAAGUUCGGCGACUAUCAAUUGGUGAUUUUGCAUGGAUAUGCCGCGAUAGUCAUAACAAUGAAUUAAUUUUGCCAUAUAUCGUUGAACGUAAACGUAUGGACGAUUUUGCCACAAGUAUUAGAGAUGGUCGAUUUCAUGAGCAAAAGUUUCGUUUACGGAAUAGUGGAAUACAAAAUAUUAUUUAUUUAAUAGAAAACUAUGGCAAUAAUCAACACAUUGGUCUCCCUAUUCAAACGCUAAUGCAGGCAGCAGUAAAUACACAAUUGCAUAGUGGUUUUCAAGUUCAAUUUACACAGAAUCAUCGAGAAACAUUAUCAUAUUUGACAACGUUAACAAAAAUUUUAAUUGAAAUGUUUAAGGAUAAAACUUUAUUGAGUACAGAGAAAAAAUCCUUACAAUCACAAUCUAUGGAUGCUUCAUCUUUUGAUUUAAUGAAAUUCAAUGAAUUUCAAGAAAAUUCUAGUAAAACAAAGAAUGUUAAAGUUCGAGAAAUAUUUAUUAAACAACUUUUACAAUUAAAAUCUUUAUCAAUUGACAAAGCUCUUUCAAUAACGGAAAUAUAUCCAACACCUAAAUCUUUGUUAUUAGCUUAUAAAAAAUGUGGAAAUAGGGAAGAAGCAGAAAAGCUUCUGGCUUGUAUACCAAGUGGAAAAUUAAAUCGUCCAAUAGGGAUACAAAUCAGUAAAACUAUUUACCAGUUUUAUAACGAUAACUUUUAG